CGAACUUUCCUCUCGCUCUCCUCACCUCCCUGCUUCUCCUUCCUCACCGUGCAACAGGUUGUUGCCAAGAACCAUCUCGCCACGCCCACCCAUGCAGCCGAGCGGCCGCGAAAUGCAGGGCGGCGGCGGGCAGGACGACUUCUUUGACCAGAUGCUGUCCACGCUGCCGGCCGCGUGGUCCGAGCUCGGCUCUAGCAAGUCCCCUUGGGAGCUCCCCGCCGGGGGCGCCGAGGAUCCCGCGUUCGACGAGUCCGCGCUCCUCACCUCCCGCCUCCGCCGCCACCAGAUCGGCGGCGGCGGGGACAAACCCGUCAUGCUCCACCUCAGCGACCUACACGGCCUUGCUGCCGGCGGCAGCGAGGACGGCGGCGCCGCGGGGUUCAUCCCGCUGCCUCUGUUCACCGACAGGUCGCGGGAGGACAUGGACGCCGCCUUCAAGUCCCCCAAUGCCGUCGGAGGCGACCACGCGCUGUACAACGGGUUCGGAGCCGCCGGGGUGCAUGGCGCCGCCACAGCGGUGCAGCCGCCGUUCGGGCAGGGCGGAUCAAUGCCGGCGCAGAGCUUCGGGGGAGCCGCGGCCGCGGGUGGUGGGUCGGCUCCGGCGACCGCACCGGCCGCCGGGGCGUCCUCGGGCGGAGGGGCGGCGCCGCCGCGGCAGCAGCGCCAGCGGGCGAAGAGGGGACAAGCCACGAACCCUCACAGCAUCGCCGAACGUCUCCGGAGGGAGAGAAUAGCUGAGAGGAUGAAGGAGUUGCAGGAGCUGGUCCCUAACGCCAACAAGACCGACAAGGCAUCGAUGCUCGACGAUAUCAUUGAUUAUGUGAAGUUCCUCCAGCUCCAAGUCAAGGUUCUUAGCAUGAGCCGAUUAGGCGGAGCUUCUGCGGUUGCCCCUCUUAUCGCUAACAUGUCAUCAGAGGGUAACGGGAACGGAAAUGGUACGAGCAACAGCGGAAAUGGCAAUGGCGCCAGCAGUAACAGGAACGGUGAAAAUGGCGGCAGCAGCCUGCGAGUGACGGAGCAACAAGUGGCCAGGUUGAUGGACGAGGACAUGGGCUCCGCCAUGCAGUACCUGCAGGGCAAGUUGCUCUGCCUGAUGCCCAUCUCUCUGGCCUCAGCCAUCUCCUAUGCCACAUCUUCGUCCCUCCCAUGCCGCCCUUCCAUCCGCACAACGGGCGGCGGCGCUGGAGGUCCCCUACACGGCGGCGGCAACCUUGCUUCGCCUCCAUUGGUGAAUGGUGCUGGUGGCGAUGACCCCCGGACCAUCAAGGACUGAGGCAGUGUUGUCGGGAGGUUGUGUGUUCAGAAGGGUGCCUUCUAGGGGUGGAAUUGUGAAAUGGUGCAGCUGGCCUUUUCCCUCCACCGUUGGUGCCCUUUUGUUUGUGUAUAAGAAAUGAUGCUUAAUCAUGCAACCUUUAGUUCCA